AGACCCCAGGCCAGCCUCCGGGCGCUGCAAUUCUCCCGGCUAAGGCUGAGGCUGCGGCUCGGGCUCUAGCACACGAACAGCCGCCCGCGCCUGGCCCCAGCGCCCACCUUCUGCAUGUGCCCGCCUUAGCCGCCCACCCAGCCCGCAGCCCGCGCUCGCCGGAGCGCUGGAGACCACCGCGGGGGCCCCUUCUGCUCUUGGGAGAAGCGGUCUUGGAGGUAUUGAUUUCGGUGGUUGAAUUUUUCCCGUGGAUCUAUAAAUUCACAAUUCGAAUUUGGAAGAAAGAAGGAAAACAUGACGUCUCCAGCCAAAUUCAAAAAGGAUAAGGAGAUCAUAGCAGAGUACGAUACUCAGGUCAAAGAAAUCCGUGCUCAGCUCACAGAGCAGAUGAAAUGCCUGGAUCAGCAGUGUGAGCUUCGAGUGCAACUGCUGCAAGACCUCCAGGACUUCUUCCGGAAGAAGGCUGAGAUUGAGAUGGACUACUCUCGUAACCUGGAGAAGUUGGCCGAGCGCUUCCUGGCCAAGACACGCAGCACUAAGGACCAGCAGUUCAAGAAGGAUCAGAAUGUUCUCUCUCCUGUCAACUGCUGGAAUCUCCUCUUAAACCAGGUGAAGCGCGAGAGCCGGGAUCACACCACCCUAAGUGACAUCUACCUGAAUAAUAUCAUUCCUCGAUUUGUCCAAGUCAGCGAGGACUCAGGAAGACUCUUUAAAAAGAGUAAAGAAGUCGGCCAGCAGCUCCAAGAUGAUUUGAUGAAGGUCCUGAAUGAGCUCUACUCGGUCAUGAAGACAUAUCACAUGUACAAUGCUGACAGCAUCAGUGCUCAGAGCAAGCUAAAGGAGGCUGAGAAGCAGGAGGAGAAGCAAAUUGGCAAAUCAGUAAAGCAGGAGGACCGGCAGACCCCACGCUCCCCCGACUCCUCGUCCAAUGUUCGUAUUGAGGAAAAGCAUGUCCGGAGGAGCUCAGUGAAGAAGAUUGAGAAGAUGAAGGAGAAGCGCCAAGCCAAGUACACGGAGAAUAAGCUGAAAGCCAUUAAAGCCCGGAAUGAGUACUUACUGGCUUUGGAGGCAACCAAUGCAUCUGUCUUCAAAUACUACAUCCAUGACCUGUCUGAUCUUAUUGAUCAGUGCUGUGACCUAGGCUACCACGCUAGCCUGAACCGGGCCCUACGCACCUUCCUCUCUGCUGAGUUGAACCUGGAGCAGUCAAAGCACGAGGGUUUGGAUGCCAUUGAGAAUGCGGUAGAAAACCUGGAUGCUACCAGUGACAAGCAGCGCCUCAUGGAGAUGUACAACAAUGUCUUCUGCCCACCUAUGAAGUUUGAGUUCCAGCCCCACAUGGGGGACAUGGCUUCCCAGCUCUGUGCCCAGCAGCCUGUCCAGAGUGAGCUGGUACAGAGGUGCCAACAACUGCAGUCUCGCUUAUCCACCCUGAAGAUUGAGAAUGAAGAGGUAAAGAAGACAAUGGAAGCUACCCUGCAGACCAUACAGGACAUCGUGACUGUCGAGGAUUUUGACGUGUCUGACUGCUUCCAGUACAGCAACUCCAUGGAGUCCGUCAAGUCCACCGUCUCAGAAACCUUCAUGAGCAAGCCCAGCAUCGCCAAGAGGAGAGCCAACCAGCAGGAGACAGAGCAGUUCUAUUUCACGAAAAUGAAGGAGUACCUGGAGGGCAGGAACCUCAUCACCAAGUUGCAAGCCAAGCACGACCUGCUCCAGAAAACCCUGGGAGAAAGUCAGCGGACAGAUUGCAGCCUGGCCAGGCGUAGCUCAACUGUGAGGAAACAGGAUUCCAGCCAGGCAAUUCCUCUUGUGGUAGAAAGCUGUAUCCGAUUCAUCAGCAGACACGGACUACAGCAUGAAGGAAUUUUCCGGGUGUCAGGAUCCCAGGUGGAAGUGAAUGACAUCAAAAAUGCCUUUGAGAGGGGAGAGGACCCCCUGGCUGGGGACCAGAAUGAUCAUGACAUGGACUCCAUAGCUGGCGUUCUGAAGCUUUACUUCCGGGGGCUGGAACACCCUCUCUUCCCCAAGGACAUCUUCCAUGACCUGAUCGCCUGUGUCACAAUGGACAACCUGCAGGAGAGAGCACUACACAUCCGAAAAGUUCUCCUGGUCCUGCCCAAACCCACUCUGAUCAUAAUGAGAUACCUCUUUGCUUUCCUCAAUCAUUUAUCACAGUUCAGUGAAGAGAACAUGAUGGACCCCUACAACCUCGCCAUCUGCUUCGGGCCCUCGCUGAUGUCAGUGCCGGAGGGCCACGACCAGGUGUCCUGCCAAGCCCACGUGAAUGAGCUGAUCAAAACCAUCAUCAUCCAGCAUGAGAACAUCUUCCAAAACGCCAGGGAGCUGGAGGGUCCCAUCUACAGCAGAGGGGGAAGCAUGGAGGAUUAUUGUGAUAGCCCUCAUGGAGAGACUACCUCGGCUGAAGACUCAACGCAGGACGUGACUGCAGAGCACCACAUGAGCGAUGACGAGUGUGAGCCCAUUGAGGCCAUUGCCAAGUUUGACUACGUGGGCCGGACAGCCCGAGAGCUAUCCUUCAAGAAGGGGGCAUCCCUGCUGCUGUACCAGCGGGCUUCUGAUGACUGGUGGGAAGGCCGGCACAAUGGCAUUGAUGGACUCAUCCCCCAUCAGUACAUCGUGGUCCAAGACACCGAGGACGGUGUCGUGGAGAGGUCCAGCCCCAAGUCUGAGAUUGAGGUCAUUUCUGAGCCACCUGAAGAAAAGGUGACAGCCAGAGCGGGGGCCAGCUGUCCCAGUGGGGGUCAUGUAGCCGAUAUUUAUCUUGCAAACAUCAACAAGCAAAGGAAGCGGCCAGAAUCUGGGAGCAUCCGGAAAACAUUUCGGAGCGACACCCAUGGGCUGAGCAGUUCCCUGACUGACCCCUCCUCCCCGGGGGUAGGGGCUAGCUGCCGCCCAUCCUCCCAGCCUAUCAUGAGCCAGAGUCUCCCCAAGGAAGGGCCAGAUAAGUGCUCCAUCAGUGGGCAUGGGAGCCUCAACUCCAUCAGUCGCCACUCAUCCCUAAAGAAUCGGCUGGACAGUCCACAGAUCCGGAAGACAGUGACAGCAGGAAGGUCGAAAAGCUUCAAUAACCAUCGGCCCAUGGACCCAGAGGUCAUUGCACAGGAUAUUGAGGCAACUAUGAACUCUGCCCUGAAUGAGCUGCGGGAGCUAGAGCGGCAGAGCAAUGUCAAGCACACACCUGACGUGGUUCUGGACACCUUGGAGCCCCUCAAAACGUCCCCAGUGGUAGCUCCCACAUCAGAGCCCUCCAGCCCCCUGCACACCCAGCUCCUCAAGGACCCUGAGCCUGCCUUCCAGCGCAGCGCGAGCACUGCUGGGGACAUCGCCUGCGCCUUCCGGCCUGUCAAGUCUGUCAAGAUGGCUGCCCCGGUCAAACCGCCAGCCACCCGACCCAAGCCCACUGUCUUCCCCAAAACAAAUGCCACUAGCCCUGCUGUCAACUCAUCAGCUUCCCCACAGUCCACUGACAAGUCUUGUACUGUCUGAUAGAUAUAAUUUAAUUGUUCUAGACAAGGGGACUGUAGGGACUGAAGACUGUUAUUAAAAUCUUCCUAUUUAACUAGCUUGGGGACUUCAGUUGAAAUUUAGCUUCUAAGUUGUUCUUGCAGGAAUUAGCCUUCCCAUCACCCAAAACCUUGAGAAUGAUGCCCUUGUUAACGCCCUUCCCUUCCUUUCCCAUCCCACUGCCCUCUGCUUCCCCCAGUUGUUGUAGUGCAGCCAGCUGCAGUACAUACCAUUCUUAGGUUAGCCAGAGAUAGAUUUUUUCAUUAUCAGGUCACUGUGAAAUCUGGCAAGGCAAGCCAUGAAGAUGUAGGCUCACUCCUCAUUCCCCUCAAGCCACAGGGGAUGCCGUGACCAGAUGACUGGCUGUUAACAUCCUACUCUCAGUGGCAUCUUGUUUUGGGUACUGAUUAUAGAGAAUCAUAAAUAGUCCAUUUUUUUGUUUUGCGCACACAUGCACACACACAUACACUAGUAGGUUUUUCUAGUCUCUGGCAUGUAGAACUUCUCCUGGUCCUAGAUCUGUCUCUCUGUAAGUUAUUGUGGCAGUUCACACAGGAGCCACCAGGGGUCUCUGUUUCCGUUAAAACCCUUGUUCUGUCUGGGCCAGAGAACCUAGCCUUUGAAACUCACUAUCAUGUGAAGUUCAGCAGGAUGGGACUCAAUCCUGUAUUUGUUUGGGGCUGGGGACUUUCUCUCUGUCUUCUUUCUAUUGAUGUGAAUUGGUCAUUAGUGUUUGCUUUUGCUCUUCUCCAUUCUCUAGAAGUACAACCCAAUCUUAUUAAGGAGUUUCUAAAGUUUUUCUGAAUGUAUAGACAUUUCUCGGGUUCCUAUCUUUGUCUCCGAUGGACCAUUUUCCAUUUAAGACAUUUUCCUGUAUAAGACAGUUUUAUAGCCGGUUCCUUUUAGGGUAAAGAGUCUUAAGGGAGUUUUAUUAUAUUUAUGGCAGGUUUGAAAAAGGUAAGAAAUGGGUCCUCCUCCUUCCUACAUUUUUAGGCGCUUAAAACAUAAAAUUCAUUAUCCUAUAUAUAUUUGAAAAAAAAAAAAAUUAGCUUUGCUAACCCAAAAAUUGUCCCCAGUAAAAAUUCAUUCUCAAUUUACCCCUUUGUUUGGUUAUUAUACAAGAUCUCUCUUAGGGACCAACAGGGGCUUAGAGAGCCAGUUUGAUUAAAGAGAGAGACACUACCCCUGCCACACAAGAACAACUAAGGGAAUUGUGAUCCCAGAGCUCUAAGUCUUCCUAAGGCCAGAAUCUGAAGUAAAUAAAAUAUUGGUUGCUGUAUAUUUUGGCCUUCCUUUGGCCUUUUUUCUGAUUCCCCUCCCAAAGGCAAAAAUGAUACCCUUAUCUGCUGUGAUCCAGUGUCCACACCUGGUGACCACCAGACCCUCUCCUCUCCCAUGGUCUGCCAGGAGGACCAGGGCUGGAGACAUUCAUCCCAGGCUUACAGGUCUCAGACAGCUACUUGAGCUAAGGCUGAAACUCAUUCCUCUUAACGUUUUCUGGUUCAAAAGUUGUGCUUUAAGCUUUAUUAUUUUCAGAAGUGAUGGUGGGUUGCCAUUAGGGAAGGAAAUCUAAAUUUUCUUAUCUUUGGCCUGGAAAUCUUUUUUGGACCAACAUUUUGAAGUUGGUAGCUGGAUCUGUGGAAGUUGGUGGAUGUUCCAUUCUGUGUGAAGGAAAUGAGGAGGGGGAAGAAAAAAAUCACUAAUUAGAAGAAUAUUCUAGAACACCAGGGGACCCAUUCCAAGAUAAGAGCUAAAAAGGAGAACUAAAGACUUCCUGUAGUAAAAUGAGUCAGUCUGUAAGAGGCAACUCACAGUCCUUUGAAUUCUUGGGUUUUGUUGCUCUUUAGUGGCCUACCCUGCUCUCUCACCUGGUCUUACAUAGGUCUUGAGCCAGCAGGGGACUUUCAUAUUCAAGGAUCUGUUUCCUUGGUCAGAAAUGAAACCUGAUCCUUCACUUUACAUUCCUCCUAAUCCAGCUGAUCCAAUUAGUACCCAUACUUGCCCUGUCCCCUCUCCCCAGCACACUCACCUCUUAAGAAAGUAAAAGCAAAGCUUUCUUCAUGACAAAGUUUUGGACCUAUUCUGUUGCUUCCUGCCUUAUUUCUGUUUCAUCCUCAUACAUGAUUUGUGUUCACCGUCCCUUUGGUCAGUGUCCAUCUGCUGAUUUGCAUCAUGAACUGAACAGUGUGUGAGUGGUCACCUACUAAACCAAGUCUUAGCUCUCAGCCGUGGGAGCCAAGUUGUCUUCCCCAUCUCUGGUGCUCUUGACACCUGUGAGAUGGUCCUGUCGAGAGGACUAGGGACCCAUCGGAAGAGAGUCCUUCUCGGCAGAGCUCAUUGCAAUCAACUGGAAUUGAGGUUGCACACUGUGAUUUUACACCGAAAAGCCAAAAGGAGCCGGCCCUCCAGGGCCUAGGGAGACCAGUCUUCCUCAGUUAUGUCUGCCUACACCAGCGUGAUGCAUCAAAGAGCCCUGCUCUGCCCCUUGUGGCAAGGAUCCUCUUCCUGGUGUGAACUCUGAAGGGUUGGUCUUUGGGAGAGAGAGGUGGGGUGGGGCUCUCAGCAUCCCAAUUUGGAAAACAGAGGAGUUUGCAGCCAGCAGCCUGUAAACUGGAAACACUGGUCUCAGCCAACCUCCUCAGGGCGCCCUGGUUUCUCCCCAAGAAGAGGAGAGAUGACACCAGCAACAAGAUGCACAGACCACUGGAAGGGCUGGUGUGUAUGUACUUCACAUUCAGAAGAGAAAUUAGAUCUUCCAGGGAAUUGCAAUGUUGUGGCGUCUGACUUGUAUGUCACGUUUGUGUAAAAUGGUAUAUUCUUUAAAAUAGUGUUGAUAACUGGAAUAUUGUAUGUAUGCUUGGAGAUGCUUUGUAUGAACCUAAGACUGUCACUCAAAAGAUGUUGGAUUGGGGAAAAUCCAAAGCACAACUUCAAAAUAAAAUACAUUUUUAGGUUUCAGUGCUG